CCCGUGCCUCACACUGCCCUGCCUUGCUGGGGAGCCAGUGCUGCAGCCCAGGGGAGCAGGAGGAUGCUGCUGCUGCUGCUCCUGGCUCUGCUGGGCCCCGCUGGCUGCCCCAGGACCGAGCCCCUGAGUGGCUCCAGCCAGGAGCCGCUGUUCCGCGGUGCCGACCGCUACGACUUCGCCAUCGUCAUCCCCGCCAGCACCGUGGAGUGCUUCUGGCAGUUCUCACACCAGGGAGGCAACUUCUUCUUCAGCUACGAGGUCCAGCGGGCGACGGGGAUUGGCAACAGCAGGAGCAUCCUGGUCACAGCGAGUGACCCCAAUGGCUUCCAGCUCGGAGUGUCCCAGGACGUGCGAGGACAGAUCAACUUCCUCACCAAGGACACAGGUUUCUACCAGCUCUGCCUGGACAACCAGCAAAACCACUUCGGCUUGAUGCAGGUGUAUCUCAACUUUGGUGUGUACUACGACGACUUCAACAUGGAGCACAAGCAGCCAGCAGAGAAGAAGGAGCUGAACGACACCCUGGAGGCAAUUGGGGUGAGCAUCCGGAAGCUGCAGAUCCACACCUUCCACAUGUGGCGCUUCUACAACUUUGCCCGGAUGAGGAAAGGGGCUGACUCCUUCCUCCUGGAGUCCAACUACAACUACGUCAACUGGUGGUCGAUGGCCCAGAGCUGUGUCAUUGUCCUCUCCGGCGUGCUGCAGCUCUGCUUCCUCAAGCGCCUCUUUCAUGCACAAACCUCGGGCAGUCAGAGGUGCUAGAACAGGGCAGGGACCCCCCUGCAGAGCCAGCUCACCUGGCUGUCACUCUGUCCCACCACAGAGUAGGAGCAGAGGCUGGAUUCUGCUUCCAGGAGGAGGCUGGAGAGUUCCCCCUGCUCCUCCCUCAGCUCUAGCCCGGGCAUUACCCCGAGAAAAGUCAAAGGCCACACUGUCACCUGAGUUCUGUGUGCUCUGUGGGUGUGUCACACCCCUACCCCUUGUCAGUGUCUUAAUGGGCCUUUUCUACCAGACUCCCAAUAAAGGAGCCCCCGGCAGAGUCUGGGGAGCAACUGC